UUUUUUGUGUCCCUCUGUAGAAAAAAGAAAAGAAAAGAGGGAAGUCUGGUGUUUCCAUCAUUCCUUGAAUGCAGCAGAGGCAGGAUCACUUAACGCUGCCCUGCAACACUCAGUGGUUGUAGUCAGCACUCACACAGAUUCCCAGCAUUGAACCCUCAUCAGAGCUGUGGUUCAGGAGACGGACGCUGCCUGAGGGAGAGGUGUGGCUCGUCUUCAUUUCAUCCACUGCUUCUGUCAUGACUGCAAGGAUUCAAGCAGCGGCUGGAAAGUUACAAACUUCUGUGUUUCUCAGCAAAACAACAGAGGCGAUGCUGAGGGUCAGGAAGGCCCUCUGGCUGGUACUGGGCAUGCUCAGUCUGUCCCUGCUGCUGGUGGUGCUGGGGAUCUACACAACGACCAUCACAGAGAGCGUGGUUGUGACCGGCUACACUUCUGGAGUCAUUCUGACCCUUGGCUGUUUUCUGGGAAUUCUGGGACUCCUCCUGGACGAGAACCGCCGGCAGCUGCUGACAGCCGCCAUUGUUUUCCUGAGUUUAGGGAUCAUCACUUCCUUCUUCUGCCUCCUGAUAGAUGGCGUCAGCAUCGUCCUGAACAUGGACAUGCGUCCACUGAACGCUGGGAGGUGCCAGUAUUACAGCAGCGGCAGGAGCUACAUCUAUGAGAAUUUCUUUGCCACAGUGUCAUGUCAGAAUCUGAAGGAGUCCUGCUCCCUAACAGUACGGAGUAGAACCUGUUACUGCUGCGACCUCUACGACUGUGCCAACGGAGGUUACCUCAGCAACUACUAUGAGUUUGUUGGUGUUGAGAGCUGCGAGGAUGUCUUCACGCUGUACGUGUUCAUUUGGGUCCUCGCUGGUCUAAACCUGAUGGCCUUCUUCACGGGAAUACUGACCACGGCAGUGCUGGGCAGCGUCAAGUCUGUGAGGAGCUACCCUGUGACAGAAUCCACGGAGAGCAGGAAUUCUUCUCCCACAGCUCCUCUGUUGAUGGAUGCCAACACCCCCCCCAAUUACCCUGCAGUAGACUAACUCCCAUCCAGAUCCCCACCCAGAGCACUUCCAGUGCACGAGUUCGUCCACAAGUGUCAGCAUUCAUCCAAAAAACUGUUAAGAGUGCCAUUGAGCCAGACAGGUGCAUUCUUUCUAACACCCACUCUUGGCACAGACUCGAUGUAAUCUCUCAGGAUUUAUGGAUUUUGAGGAGGAUGGAGAGUCAAGAUUAACAACACGUAGUUAAAGUUGAGGUUUUUUUUGGCAAAUAAACGCGGCUGACGGUGGUCCAAAUGUCGACGGUGCCCUCAAAGAGAUAAAGAAUACUGUACUUUAAAGAUGAGAAGGACGGUUUUAUCUCGCUGCUAAAAAUAUUUUCCUUUUGAUUUAUUGAGGCUUUAAAUAAAGUGAUAGAAGAAUUAACAAAAUAAAACAAAAGAUAGGUCAAAGUUCCUUAAGUGAUUACAACCUUGAAGACCCACUGCAAUCAUCGUUUGAUCUAUUGUGAAAUAGAUGCUAUUCUUAAGCCUUUGUGAGUAAACUAUAUCCAUUUCUAUGAUCAUAUAUUAUCAUUGGCACACUAAAGAACGGUUUUAUAAUUAAAUAUUCAUUUUUGUAGCUCCUUUUCUUACUCAGAAGUAAGAUGUCAACAGCCAUGAAAUGGGCACAGACUCUUUCUAGAAGGGGCUGUUCCUCACUUUCAUACAAACGAAUGUGAGUGGGAUGGGGGCGGGGGCUGGUGCUCAGAGCUCAGGUUUUUAGAGGAAUGCUCAGAAAUGCGUGAAUUGGUCAAAAUACCACUUUGGGGUUGGGUUUUUUGAGAGCAAUGAACAUAAUGAUACACUUUAAAGGUUAAAAAAAUUGAUUUUGCAUAACCCUGUGAUCAGGAUUAUGUUUUUAGACAAAAUAAAAAAACCUGUGUCGUUUUCUAGGACAUAGUUUCUGCAGAGCGGCAGUAGUUCAUCAGCAAUUCCCUUCUAAGGUGAAGACAGGACCGUUGGCAGAGAGCAACACCCCCCCUUCCAGUCCCUCAUCUGUUUAUACUCUCCUGCUAUGGCUUAGAGCCCCCCAAAUGCCCAACCUAACAUUACUGGUGCAAUAAAAACAGUUUUGAGCCAGAAACACACACAAUACACAAAACACAAUUUUCACUGGAGUGGGUCUUUAAAGCUAACCUCAAGCUAUGUUCACACCACCCUUGCCAAUGAGGAUUCAAGCAACCACAACCAUUGAAAAGUCUAUAUAAAUGCACAUAAAUCCCCAAUUUGGGCUUCCAUGUUCAAAACAUUUGCUCUUCAGCGGAGCUACGUAAGGUUCUCCAACUGUUUUAGGGCUCUACAUUCAAAACGUGUGGCCAUUGAACGCGCGCUGAAAGUCAAACCAGGUCAAAUUUUGACCAGUCAGGGACUUGGAUUUGGAAGCGACGUAUUGAUGGCGCCCCUUUGAAUUUACAGAAGUGCCAACCGUUGAUCAUGAAAGAAAAAUUAAUAAAAAUUGUGCGGGAAUUCUAUGACACAAUAUCCUUCACAUACCGGAAUAGAACUGUGAAACAAAAAGCUUGGAGCAAAACGUUUUGUUGUAGUUUUAAAUAAAACAUCUUUAGCUAGGUUCACACCGGUGCAAGAUUUUAAGACCGCUUGAUAUGGUUCAGCUUCAAGACGACGUCACCUGGAUGAAUGAGAACCUUCACCAACAUUCAUUUUAUUGCAUAGCAGCUUAUUGUCAAAUAUUUGUUUCAUCAAAACCCUCAAAACAUUUGGGUUACAAGAAAUGAAUGCGGCGUUCCCCUAAACUGAAAUGCCCCACUGCCGCUCAAUACUGGGAGCUGUUUUUGAACACAGUCUUCACAUCAUCAUACGGUCAACUGAAAAAAAAGGAUCGACCACUCUGUAAGGAUAAUUCAGACAUUUAACGACCAAGAGAGAAAUCUGAUUCAAACAUCUCCUGGAUUAAUAAACGUAUUCUCACAAAUGUUUCUGUAUUUUUACUUGUUUAACAAUAACUUGAUACUUUUCUGUUUUUUUUUGCCUGAAAAUGUACUGUAUAUACCUAAUUUUAAUGCUUUAUAUGUUAUGUGUUUUUUUUCAGAAGGUAUGUUUGGAUUUUAACUUUUCUUUUUUUCUUUCUUUCUUUUCUAUUUUCGUUGGUGUCAUGAUUUGAUUGGCUGGAUAUCGAUGUGUUCUUCGAUCGACUUGUUGUUCUAGUGAGACAAUAAAAGUGACUUUUUUCCCAUCAAA